AAUAUUACAUAUUUUUUACGAACUCGUUUCCCAGGUGGAUUAUGCCUCCUCGGCCUCCAUUCCCAUUCCCUUACACAAAAUUUCUUCAGAAUAAGACCCCAACCAAACCCACCACUCUCCUGUAAAAUCAACCAUUUUCCUGAACUUUUACGUCUCUCUGUGUGCCACCUGUAAGCGUUCUUCACAACCACGGGAAAAAAAACAUAAAAACCUUUGUUUCUAAACCCCCUUUGGUCUCUUUAUCACUUUUCUCUGGCCAAUUCCCGAUCUUACACUACUCCUGUUUGUACAGUUAGGUCACCGAUUUCUUUUCAAUUCAUUCUCUUCCAGCCGUAUAUUACCCAAUUUUGCCUUUAAUUUGGUUCUAGGGUUUGCUUUUGCUUAUACAACCCUAGGAUCCGAGGAAUUUUCUCGGAUUUUAUACGAUUCAGUGGAAUUGAUCCUUAUACCCCAGAGGGGUAUAUGUAGUAUCGUGGUUCGUAUUACGCGCAUAGGCAUUCCAGGGCUUGCCUGAUCAUCAUUAGCCCUAUUAGUUGAAGGAUUGUUUAAGGGAUUCUGUAAUUUAGGCUGAUAGAGGGGAAGGGUUGUCAUUGCUUUUGCGAAGAACUGUGGAGUUCGAUGAAAGCAUGAGCGAUUUCAAGGCGGAUUUUGAUAAGGAGUCGUGUUCCAGGUCAAUAAACGAGACGGUCAAUGGGUCACACCAGUUCACGAUAAAGGGAUAUUCAUUGGCGAAAGGUAUGGGUGCUGGGAAGUGCAUAUCGAGUGAUAUUUUCUCGGUGGGAGGUUACGAUUGGGCGAUUUACUUCUAUCCGGAUGGGAAAAACCCCGAGGACAGUUCCAUGUAUGUUUCGGUGUUUAUAGCCCUCGCGAGCGAGGGAACGGAUGUCAGGGCUUUGUUCGAGUUGACGUUGGUGGAUCAGAGUGGGAAUGGGAAGCACAAAGUACAUAGCCACUUCGAUCGUGCGUUGGAGAGCGGGCCGUACACGCUGAAGUAUAGAGGGAGCAUGUGGGGCUACAAGCGUUUCUUUAGGAGGACAACUUUAGAAAAUUCCGACUAUAUAAAGGAUGAUUGUCUAGUUAUGAACUGCACAGUUGGAGUUGUCAGCACUCGUCUUGAAGGACCAAAACAGUAUUCCAUUCCUGUUCCACCUUCAGACAUGGGUCAGGGCCUUAGGGAACUCUUAGAAUCUGAAGUUGGUUGCGACAUUGUUUUCCAGGUUGGGGAUGAAACAUUUAAAGCUCAUAAGUUGAUACUUGCUGCUCGUUCCCCUGUUUUCAGAGCUCAGUUUUUUGGACUUGUUGGGGAUCCCAACCUAGAUAAAGUAGUUGUGAAGGACAUGGAUCCCUCAAUCUUCAAGGCAAUGCUAUUGUUUAUAUACACAGACAAACUUCCUGAUGUACAUGAGAUUACUGGCACAACAUCUAUGUGCACGUCCACCAACAUGGUGCAGCAUCUAUUGGCUGCUGCUGACCUUUACAACUUAGAUCGAUUGAAAUUGUUAUGUGAAUCAAAGUUGUGUGAGGAACUGAGUGCUGAUACAGUGGCAACAACACUUGCAUUGGCUGAGCAGCAUCAGUGUUUGCAACUCAAGGUCAUCUGUUUGAAAUUUGCUGCAAAUCCAGCAAACUUGGGAGCGGUAAUGCAGUCAGAAGGUUUUCGACACUUGGAAGAGAGUUGCCCUUCACUGUUGUGUGAGAUGCUAAAGACAUUUGCAUCAGGAGAUGAGAACUCAAGUCUGCUAUCAAGUCGGAAGAGGAGUGGUAGCAGCAUAUAUGGGCUCGAUCUAGGAGCCGCAGAUGGGGCUGCAGCAGAAUCAGUGAAUCCCAACGCCAGGCGUGUGAGGCGGCGGUUUUAGGAUGUAUAGUGUUGGUACUGUUAUCCUCUGUUGAAAGAGUUCAAGGAUAGUGUUUGUGGCAGGUCUUAGCUAUUAGCAUGGUUCUGUUUUGGUUGUACAGUAAUUAUUGAAGGCCAGUGAUGAAACUACAGAAAAAGGAGAAGAAAAUUAUCUGAAAGUUUGACAGUAUCUGCUGCUCUUUCUUUUCUGCUUCUUUGGCCUGCAAGGGAACUUAGAUUGUUUUGCUUUUGUUGAACUGAAACAGGAGGUAGUCAAAAGUGUAAUAUAAUCUUGAGUGCAUUACAGUUAUUAAUUUUUUUAGCUGAACCAUAUAUUCUGCAGUGAAUGUAAUGUUUGUUGCAUUUAUCUAUAUCCAUUUAGGAAAUGUACUGCAAA